AUGACAUCAGCAGCCACAGAAGAGGAAUACAGGAUCGGAAGAUUUGGACUAGGGGACCGGAAUGAAAAUGGCAAUCGUCUCGCCAGGCUGUUGUUCGCCACUCGCCUCUUUUAUGGGAACUCUCUUUUCAUGAAGAAAAAUCAUCGUCGGUGGAAAUGGGAAUCGCCUAAUGGCGCGACUCGUGUGGAGAUCGACCACAUGCCCACCAACCGGAGGUGGUGUCUACUUGACAUCUCAGUAGUGUCAUCGUUUUGUAGUGGUUCUGAUCUCCUUCGUGCGAAAAUACGACUUAACCACACGAUGGAAAAGAACAUCUGGUAUCGGCAACGAAGGAGAAAAGAAGUCGUCUACGACGAUUGCGUACUCGAGAACUCCUUGUCCCAAGGUGACUGGCACAUCGAGGAGGACCCAAACGUGGACUACGAGAUGCUGCUCAGAGGAUUACGAGCCCGUGCUGAGCGUGCCUCGAAGCCACACACGACAAGUUCUCGAACCACCAAGGAAUUUUUGGAAAGAAGAAGGGCUUUGACGCUUGAUCCAAAUGCUUCGCACAUUGAGCGGUUAGUAGCAAACACUAGCUGCAGAAAAGCGUUACAGGAGGAUCUUUUGAAGUAUAGACAGAAGAAGAUUCUGGAAGCAGCACAAGGAAGAAUGAGUCCAAAGAAGUGCCGCAGGGAUCUCCGCGAAUAUAAUAUUCCGCUAGCAACCUUGCUGAGCGAAGACGGGACUCGCACGUCUUCUCGUCGUGAGAUGGAAAUCAUUACGGAGAGGUUCUACUCGAACCUUUUCCGUCCAUCAGCUUCUGUGUCAAGCCCGAUCAUCCCCACCGGUGAAGCUCCACCACGGAUUCUUCCUUCGGAAGUACUAGUCGCUAUCAAGAGCAUGAAACCUGGCACAGACCCCGGACCUGAUUUUAUAUCAGCAGACUUUCUUCGGGCUGACCAGUGGAAGACCUCGCGAACCGUUCUUAUCCAUAAGAAAGGUGACCGAGAGGACCUUCGGAAUUACCGUCCGAUAUGCUUGCUGAGCGUGUUAUACAAAGUAUUCACCAAGAUCAUCCUCACGCGCAUAUCUAGGACGCUGGAUAAAGCCCAGGCCCAAGAAAGUUGGAUACCGUCAGGAGUUCAGCUGCUUGCAUCACAUCCAGACCGUGUCGAUGUUAGCCGUGAAUACCGCCUGCCCCUUGUACUAACCUUCGUAGACUGUGAGAAGGCCGUUGACAGCGUACGAACGAAUGCAGUACCGUCAGCGUUGAUCGAUCAAGGUGUGGACGCGUCGUAUGUGAAGACAUUAGCCAUUUGCUACGAUCGAUGCACCACGAAGAAACAGAUUUUCCACCGCUCCCUUACCAUACCCAAUGGAAAGGAGGUACGACAAGGCGAUACUAUAUCGCCAAAGCUGUUCACAGCUGCAUUGCAAUUAAUAAUGAAAUCACUUUCUUAG